AUGUGGCUCUCGGGCGUGGUGCGUAGCGCCUUCCUCGCCUUGAUCGUACCUGCCGUCCUGUCGACACUCUGGCUCUAUCUAUAUCCUGUCGCUCAAAACUGUCGCUUCCCACCUCGUCAACCCAAUGGCAUAGCACCCUUCCGACUGCUCGCUCUCGGCGACCCGCAACUGGAAGGAGACACGUCUCUGCCCGAUCCUAAUGUCCCUCUGUUCCCUGGGCUCAUAGGCCUUCGUCACCGUUUGUGGACCGAGCCACUCGAUGCCGCAGCACGCACCCUGAAACGAACAGUCAAGGAUAUUGUCAUAAGUGAUAUCCCACGCUCCUUACACACGCAACGAAAGAGGCUAGAUCUCCGGGGUAACGACUACUACCUCGCACACAUCUACCGCACGACCAAAUGGUGGACCCAGCCAACCCACGUCUCCGUACUCGGCGAUCUACUCGGCAGCCAAUGGAUCAACAACGACGAGUUCGAUCGAAGAGCCGACAGAUUCUGGAGUAGAGUCUUUGUCGAUGCCCAUGCGUGGAGACACGGCACCCAUGAGGAAGAGCUCGGAGACAUACCCGAAUGGGAUUUUGUGGACAACAUGGACGCUAGCAAGACACCUGCCCUGCUCAACGUGGCUGGGAAUCAUGACAUUGGAUACGCUGGUGAUAUUGACCACCAGCGCAUCACUCGCUUCGAACGUGCCUUUGGCGAAGUCAACUGGCGCGUCAGGAUACCCUUCUCAGACCUGUCGUCGAACCUGACCACCGAACUGCACCUUGUAAAUCUCAACUCCAUGAACUUGGACAAUCCUGCUUGGAACCAAGACCUCCAUCGCGUAACACACGAUUAUCUGGACAGUGUAAUCGACGACACAAACAAUCGUGACUCCCAGGAUGCUGUCAUCCUGCUCACACAUGUACCUNUUUACAAGCCAGCUGGUGUUUGUGUUGAUCCCNCCUUCUUCAGCUACUUUGAGCCCCAUCACGGCGGUGGCAUCCGCGAACAGAACCACCUUAGUCGAGGAUCCAGCGAAAAAGUACUGAACGGUUUGUUCAGAAACAAUCGUGCAGGUAUUGUGCUUAACGGUCAUGACCACGAGGGUUGUGACACAUGGCAUGAUCGCAGCGAGGCCGACCAGGGACAGUGGAACUCGGCUAGAUUUUCUGCAUCCAACACGACCGCGAACGGUAUACGAGAGGUUACCGUCCGUAGCAUGAUGNGUGACUACGGCGGAAACGCCGGCCUUCUUUCUGCAUGGUUCGAUGUCGAUGAACGCAUAUGGAAGUUCGAGUAUGCCACUUGUGCACUUGGCAAACAGCACAUUUGGUGGGCGAUACAUAUUGUUGAUCUUAUAGUUGUGAUACUAGCUAUUGCAAGCGGCCUGCUACAGCUUCUCGAUCUGGCUAUGACACAAACUCCCGUCUCGAGUACAGAGAAGAAGAACAAAUAA